AUGGCCAUGGAUGAGUAUUUGUGGAUGGUCAUUUUAGGUUUUAUCAUAGCUUUUAUAUUGGCAUUUUCUGUUGGUGCAAAUGAUGUUGCCAAUUCAUUCGGUACUGCUGUGGGCUCCGGCGUCGUGACCUUGAAGCAGGCGUGCAUUUUGGCUUCAAUAUUUGAAACCACGGGCUCGGUGUUAUUGGGAGCCAAAGUAGGAGAGACCAUUCGAAAAGGUAUCAUUGAUGUGAACCUCUACAACGAGACAGUAGAAACACUAAUGGCUGGGGAAGUUAGUGCAAUGGUCGGUUCAGCUGUUUGGCAACUGAUUGCAUCCUUCCUGAGACUUCCCAUCUCAGGAACUCAUUGCAUUGUUGGUGCAACUAUAGGAUUCUCACUUGUUGCGAUUGGCACCAAAGGUGUACAGUGGAUGGAGCUGGUCAAGAUUGUGGCUUCUUGGUUUAUAUCUCCACUAUUGUCUGGUUUCAUGUCUGGCGUGCUGUUUGUACUGAUCAGAAUUUUCAUCUUAAAAAAGGAGGACCCUGUUCCCAAUGGCCUCCGGGCCCUGCCGGUGUUCUAUGCUGCUACAAUAGCAAUAAAUGUGUUUUCCAUCAUGUACACGGGAGCACCAGUGCUCGGCCUGGUCCUCCCCAUCUGGGCAAUAGCGCUCAUCUCCUUUGGCGUAGCGCUGCUGUUCGCCAUUUUCGUGUGGCUCUUUGUGUGUCCGUGGAUGCGGAGGAAAAUAGCAGGCAAAUUACAAAAAGAAGGUGCUUUAUCGCGAGUCUCUGAUGAAAGCCUCAGUAAAAUUCCGGAAGCAGAGUCCCCCGUAUUUAAAGAGCUCCCCGGGGCCAAGGCCAGUGAUGACAGCACCGUCCCUCUCACGGGGUCGGCUGGGGAGACGUCUGUGGCCCCGGAAGUCACAUCCGCCAUCAACCACCCCCGGGUGGCUUAUGGCAGGGCGCUCUCCAUGACGCACGGCUCCACCAAGUUGCCCAUCUCCAACGGCACCUUCGGCUUCGACGGCCACACGAGGAGCGACGGCCACGUGUACCACACGGUCCACAAGGACUCGGGGCUCUACAAAGACCUGCUGCACAGGAUCCACACGGACAGGGGCUCCGAGGAGAAGCCCGCCCCGGAGAACAACUACCGGUUCCUGCGGCGGAACAACAGCUACACGUGCUACACGGCGGCCAUCUGCGGGAUGCCGGUCCACUCGACCUUCAAAGCUAUCGACCCGUCGCCCGCCCCCGAGGACAGCGAGAAGCUGGUGGGCGACACCGUGUCCUAUUCUAAAAAGAGACUUCGCUACGACAGCUACUCCAGCUACUGCAACGCGGUGGCCGAGGCGGAGAUCGAGGCCGAGGAGGGAGGUGUGGAAAUGAAGCUGGCGUCUGAGCUGGCAGAUCCCGCGCGGCCUCGGGAGGACCCCGCGGAAGAAGAGAAAGAUGAGAAAGACACAUCCGAGGUCCACCUCCUGUUCCACUUUCUGCAGGUCCUCACUGCCUGCUUUGGAUCCUUUGCGCAUGGUGGCAAUGAUGUGAGCAAUGCCAUUGGCCCUCUGGUUGCUUUGUGGCUGAUUUAUGAACAAGGUGGAGUCCUACAGGAAGCACCUACUCCCAUCUGGCUGCUGUUUUACGGAGGCGUUGGGAUUUGUACGGGGCUCUGGGUUUGGGGAAGAAGAGUGAUCCAGACCAUGGGCAAAGACCUCACUCCCAUCACGCCAUCCAGUGGCUUCACCAUUGAACUGGCCUCCGCGUUCACGGUGGUGAUCGCCUCCAACGUGGGGCUUCCUGUCAGCACCACUCACUGCAAGGUGGGCUCCGUGGUGGCUGUGGGCUGGAUCCGCUCCCGGAAGGCCGUGGACUGGCACCUCUUCCGGAACAUCUUUGUGGCCUGGUUCGUGACUGUGCCCGUGGCCGGGCUGUUCAGUGCUGCUGUCAUGGCUCUCCUUGUAUACGGGAUCCUUCCAUAUGUGUGA